AUGUCUUCCUCGCCUUCUGUGACUGCUCCGUCCCCUACCUCAGACUCGGCGACACCGCCGCCAACUCCACCGACAUCAACAUCGCCCCCACCAUCAUCUUCGCCGUCACCGUCACCGCCAUCCAGUUCCCCGCCCCCGAAGGCGUCACCACCACCUCCAGAGGAUAAAUCAUCGUCCCCUCCACCACCUUCUGACAAUGCCUCUCCUCCACCUACUCCAAAGAGCAACAACUCAAGUCCUUCUCCUCCGCCGCCACCAACCAAUCUCGUCUCGUCACCUCCCCCACCCCAUUCUUCUGCCGCUAUACCACCGCCGCCGCCAGAGAAGUCUCCGCCGUCGAAUUCCACAACGUCGAGCUCCUCCAAUACCUCGUCGGGCUCAGUUGCUCUUUCGACAUCCACCAAGCAGUUGAUAGUUGGAAUGACUGUGGGAAUAGGGCUGUUUUUACUAGCUAUGGUGGUCGUGUGCAUGAUCUGUGCGAGGAGAAAGAAGAGAAAGCGCGAUCAUGAUCAAAUGCAGUACUACGGUGAUCCUUCUCAUGGUCGCAAAGAUAAUAUGUAUUACAACAGUUCACAGAACCCAAACUGGCACAUGGGUCCGCAAGUACAAGACCACGUGGUAAGGCUCAACCCGUCACCGCCAGGCCCAAUGGCUGGUUCACCGCGCGGGGCAUGGCCCACACCCCCUCCUCCUCCUCCACCUCUAAACAGCGGCGAAAUGGUGAGCGGCAAUUUCUCAGGUCCGCGCCACCCGCCGUUGCCACCUCCCUCACCAGCACUCUCACUCGGGUUCAACAAGAGCACCUUCACCUAUGACGAGCUUGCAGCCGCCACUAGCGGGUUUUCGCAGGCCAAUUUGCUUGGCCAGGGCGGGUUUGGGUACGUGCACAAAGGAGUCUUGCCCAAUGGGAAAGAAGUCGCGGUCAAGAGCCUCAAGUCGGGAAGUGGGCAAGGAGAGAGAGAGUUUCAAGCGGAAGUGGAGAUCAUCAGUCGGGUUCACCACAGACAUCUUGUGUCACUUGUUGGGUAUUGCAUUGCUGGUGAGCAGAGAAUGUUGGUCUAUGAAUUUGUUCCCAAUGGAACAUUGGAACAUCACCUAUAUGGAAAGGAUCUUCCAACCAUGGAUUGGCCGACCAGGCUUCGGAUUGCGAUAGGAUCGGCCAAAGGGCUUGCAUAUCUUCAUGAAGAUUGCCAUCCACGAAUUAUCCAUCGUGAUAUCAAAGCUGCCAAUAUUCUCCUUGAUUACAACUUUGAAGCCAUGGUGGCUGAUUUUGGGUUGGCUAAGCUGUCUUCUGACAACUACACUCAUGUGUCGACAAGAGUCAUGGGAACAUUUGGGUAUUUGGCUCCAGAAUAUGCAUCAAGUGGAAAGUUGACAGAGAAGUCUGAUGUUUUCUCAUUUGGGGUCAUGCUCUUAGAGCUUAUAACUGGAAGAAGACCUGUAGAUCCCAAUAACGCAAUUGACGAUAGCUUAGUGGACUGGGCUCGGCCGCUCUUUCAACGUGCCCUAGAGGAUGGCAUUUACGACGAGCUAGUGGAUCCGCGGCUGGAGAACAACUACAACCCUCGUGAGAUGGCACGCAUGGUCGCUUCCGCUGCAGCCAGCAUCCGCCAUUCCGCUAGAAAGCGGCCCAAGAUGAGCCAGAUUGUGCGGGCACUGGAAGGAGAUGUUUCGUUGGAUGACUUGAACGAAGGGGUGAGACCUGGUCAGAGCACUAUUUACACCUCAAGUGGAAGCUCCGAUUACGAUGCAAAUGCCUAUGAUGCUGACAUGAAGAAGUUCAGAAAGAUGGCGUUGACCAGCCAGGAAUUCGUGAGCAGUGAUUUCGGGACUUCUAGUAAUGACUCGAGAGAAAUGGCUAACCAAAAGCAACAAAUUUGACUUUCAACUUUGGAAAACUGUCAAUUGUUUGAGUCUGCCAAAUUGAAUUAGGAAUGAAA